GGAAGCGCAUAACGUUUUAGUGGGUGACGGGGCUGCAGUGCAUCCGAGAGAGAUGGCUAGGUUUUUUCGCUAUCGAAAGUACGAGCCUGAACCAAGGUUUCUACACAUCUCAGAACGUGUGGGUAGCAAAGCAGUCGUGCAGGGAGGACAGACCAAAGACUUCACACUGAAAAAAAGACAACAUUUGAGCUCCGUUGUAGAAGUAUUUGACCCGUACUCCGAUGUAUGGGAGCAAAAAGAAGUGAAUGGAGAUUACUUAUCGCCGGGAACGGUCGGUGCAGCCAGUGCAUCACUCCACGACGACCUUUACUCAUUUGGAGGGUUUGAUGGGAGAGACUUUUUCAACACUCUCCACAAACUGGACACACACACGUGGAAGUGGAGUCUGGUGUCAUUUCAAAACGAUGAAAGAGCUCCUUUGCCUAAAAUAAAUUGUAGAAUGAUAGCGUUUGGGGAUAAACUGGGAGUAUUUGGUGGGUUUGGAAUAAAUUCAGCACAUAGAGAUCCAGACACAUUUUCAAGAUAUGAGGGUGGCCGUGGAUGGACUAAUGAAUUUCAUUUCUUUCAUCUCUCUGAAGGAGUGUGGAGCUGUCCUGUCACCACUGGAGAGAGACCUCCUCCAUGUUCUUGCCACACAUUCACUACCAUAGAUGACAGGAGGGCAAUCAUGUUUGGAGGAUUUAAUGGAAAAGACAGCAUUAAUGAUACCUACAUCCUUGAUCUCACAACUAUGAACUGGAGCAAACUCACAAAAUGUGAACCUUGGCCAAAUGAAAGGCAUUACCAUGCAGCUUGUUGUCUCAACUAUGGCCAGAAGUUCCCUCAAUUGCUGGUAAUUGGCGGAUUAGGAAGACAAGGCCAACCACUAGCAGAUGCCUGGAUUCUUGAUGUAGAGAGAGGAAAAUGGAAGAUGGAAUACACUUUUCGGAGUCCCCGCUGGAGGCACUCUCUCACUGCUUUCAAUCUGACUCGAGGAUUUACAGAGGUCCUGGAAUUCGGAGGAUCUUCUGAGCCAAGGACAAGAUAUACUGAUGAGACACAUCCUAAACUUGCAGGCACUACCCUACUGCAAUUCAAGCAAGUGGGCCAGUCUGCUGCUGAAUGGAGUCUGUUUUGGAUAGUUGGCAACCAUCAUAGGGCAUCAAAAAACACAUUGAGUGAUAAGAUUUGCAACAUGUCUACAAGCUUGGAACAACCCACUGGAGAGAUUGGAAACGAAGGGAUGGAGAGAGAGGGGGACCGAGCGAGGGAAGAAAUUGAAGCCAAGGUGAGGGAAUUAGAGAGAGAGAAGGAAAUGGAGGCAAAUUUGAUAGAUUUGGAGAGACAAUUGGACAGAACCAUUGAAGAAUGGGAAGAGAUCAAAAGAUAUAUGAGAAAACAGGAACAAAAGAUCAGCCUAUUAGAGGAAGACGCCAAAGAUAGAGUGAAAGUGUUGAAGAAAGAACUUGAUAAGAAAACAAGAGAUUUGGAAAAAUAUAUGAAAGAGGCUGAAAUGAAAUCAAUUGAAGCAGAAGAGCAGAAACAAGGAAGAAUGGAAGCAGAAACCAAGGUACAGAUGUUGAGCAGAAAGUGCACUCAGAUGGAAGGUGAAAUUGAAACUCUAAAAGCGAAGAUAAGGUUUGAACAGGCUAAGCAUACAAAGGCUUUGGAGGAGCAGAGAAAAGCAGAGGCUGAAAGGGACAAAGCUGGAAUUGAAAUGGUAAAGCCAUUGCAUAGUCAAUGUGUUAUAGUUGAUAGUGCGCAACACAGUGAAAUGAAGACAGUAAGAGCUUUCAAAGAACAUGAUGAAGCUGAACGACCAAAAAAACCUUUUUUUAAUACACUAGAUGUUGAAGUAAAACAAAUGAUGCAACAUAUGAAAGAACAAGCAAUUAAAGCAAUACAUGAAAGAGAGAUAGAGAAAAUUAAAAUUGAAAACUGGCAACUCAAAAAAAGAGCAAAGGCUGCAGAAAAAAAAGUGACGUUGUUAGAGGAAGGAGGGAAAAAAUUCAUAAAACAAGCCAUUGCAGCUGAGGUGUUAGAACUGAAAAACACAAAAGUAAUUCAACAGUCAUUAAAACUGGAAAGUACUAUAGAUAGUAUAGCUGAAAAAAUGGUACAAGUGACUAAUGAGGAGCAGCACAUUGACUUGGAGGGAUGUGGUCUGAGCCUUCACAUACCACCCGACUCACUACCAGGAGACUGCAGUCAGUUCACACUUAACAUGGCUGUGUCAAGGGUACAGGACUACAAGUUGCCAGCCGAGGAUGGUAUCCUGGUCAGUCCAGUUUAUUCAUUUUGCCACAAUCUUGGAGACAGAAAGUUACUCAAGCCAGCCACACUUAAAAUGCAGCACUGUGUUGCCCGUUGCAAUCAACUAUGCAUUGUACAGUCAAAUGACAUGUCAUCUCCAUACCAGUUCCAUAUUAUACAAGACGGAAAGUUUAAUGAUGGUGACAGCUAUGGUUCCAUUGAACUCGAUCAUUUCUGCAGCUUUGGUGUCUACUUGCAAUGGUACUGUGCGUCCCUGAUCUGGACUAUAAAGUUUUGUGCAGUGCUCUACUACACUAACAUCAAAAACCACAGUUUCCAGUUUAACUUGUACAUUAUCCCACAGCUGGAUGCCAUUGUAAAGGAGUUAGACAGUGAUAUAAGAGUGAUGGAUGAACAUUUUAAAAAAGGACCAAUUUCACCAUUUGAAUUUGAUGAAGCAGAAUCAGUUAUUCGUCUCGAAAUACCGGAAGUGCCUGUGUCAGGAUGGACUAUGAAACAUCUUAACUUAAAUAAGAGGAAAUCAGACGAUAUAGUUAGGAUGAAAUCAAUCAUUCCAUUCCAAGUGGAGGUGAGCUGGACAGGUGAUCAACCAGUCAGGAAACUAACGUAUGACACAGUCAUUGAGGGAGCAAAACAACAUCACAUCACAGUUGUUUCUCCUUGUAACUUUACAGAAUGUGAAACAAUUGGCAGUACCACCAGUAUUAGCCCAACCAAGAUUACACCUGAAGCAUUUUCAGACCUCCUCCCACCAACGCAGCGUGAUUUGAUGGAGGUAGUUGGUGUGGAUGUACAGGCAGACUGGGAUAUCGUAGGUCUAGCACUGGGACUGAACAGCGCAACCUUAAAGUCAAUCAAGACCGACUAUAGUGGGAAGACAACUAGCUGUAUGGCAGAAGUCUUCACACAGUGGCAUGAUGGUGGAACAAGCGAAUAUUCAUGGAGUAAACUGGCUGAGGUUCUGUCCUCUAGAACAGUUAACAAAGUAGGCAUUCUUCCAGGUAUACUUGAUAAAAUAAAGAAGCAAUCGAACUGUUCAUAAUCAUACAAUAACUAUUGUUAACAAACAUUUAGCUUUGGUGAUGUAAAAAUAAUAAUGAAACGCA